GAACCUAUUUAUCCAUUGUAUUUUAGUAAUCGAAUUUACAGACUGCGAGUUCCGGAGGAGAAAAUGAAAGUCUUCGCAGAGGCUCUCCAAAGGGGAGAAGCCGAUGGCAAAUAUGACAUUCUUCGUAUAACGCGACGAUCAGAAGAUUUCAUUGAUGUGAUGGUUAAACCAUCAAGUCUUAAAGACCUCAAAAAACUCAUUCAGGAGUACAAAGUCCAGGCCUAUAUCACUAAUCACGAUGUUGAAAGGUCAAUCAGAGUUUUUAGCAGAGCAAAUGAACGAGCAACUGCCAGGAAUCGAGUUCGUCGUUCAAUAAAUGCACUUCCAACGCAUAUGGCUUAUUUGCAAUUUCAUGAAAUAUCACAGAACUCUUCUCUUCCUAUUGUUUGGAUCGAUGCAGGCAUACAUGCUCGAGAGUGGAUUGCUCCUGCAACUGCCCUCUACCUCAUUGAUAAGCUUCUCUCAAAGGAUGGCUAUGAAUUACUCAGCAAAUAUCAAUUCUACAUAGCUCCUAACGUCAAUCCUGAUGGCUAUGUUUUCAGUCAUACAACGAACCGAUUUUGGAGAAAGAAUCGCAAUAGGACAGAGUAUGAGAAUUGUCCCGGUGUUGAUCUUAAUCGUAAUUUUCCUUAUAAGUGGGGACUUUCUGGAUCAUCAGGUAAUUCCUGCAGUGAAAUUUACCGAGGCAGCAGUGCAGCAGACCAAGCGGAAACGCGGAGUAUAAUUAGAAAACUUGCAGCAAUUGCACCACAAACCAAGCUCUUUCUUACUCUCCACUCAUACGGCCAGUUGGUUUUGAUACCUUUCGGCUACCUACCAGCCCAGCGACCUGACAAUUAUAAUGAGUUGGUAAGAUUUAAGAUAGACGGGGAGCUGGUGGGAGGGGUGGGAGCAGAGACAGUGACAGUGUACAAUUAUAGCCUAGUAACUCCCAACUCGAAGAAAAAACAAUAUGUCAGGAAACGAGCCUCAAUUAAAGUUAUUUUUAAACUCUGGAAGAAUCACAAUACCGUCUAUUCAUCGGGAACAGCUGCUGAUAUUUUGUAUUCGGCUGCAGGUGGCUCAGAUGAUUUCGCUCGAGGAGCCUUGAAUAUUCCUUAUGCUUACACAAUAGAAUUACCGGAUCUCGGAAGCUAUAACUUCUUACUGCCACCAUCCUUUAUCAUUCCAGUGGGCAAUCAAAUCUGGGAUGCCUUGAAAACUUUUACUGAACAUAUAAAGUAA